UUUAAAAAAUACUCGAGUGAAACGUUAGCGAGAAUUUCUGUAAUUGAAGAUACCCUGUUGAAUGUUGGUAAUUUUCAAAUGAACAACAAAAAGUCAAAUAUUGUGCAAAAAAUAGAAGAAGCGAGUGUUUUUGCAACUGCGAAUAAUUUACCAAUUCAAAACUCAUCGAGUCUGCAUGAAUUUGAAGCCAAAUUGAAAAAUCCUGAAUUCAAAUCUGUAGCAAUCGAUUGUUUAGCGGAUCAACCUGAGAUAAGGGCAACUAGUGGCAAUCAACCGAAAAUGUUAAAGAAAGUCCUUACAAAAAUUAUGGAAAGAGAUAUGAUUUCCCAUUUUAGUUGGACAGGAAAAUCAACAUCUGGUAAAAAAAUGUCAUUCCGUAGUUUAGAAGGCAUACGUGAUUUGCUGUACAAGACAGUAAAUAAAAUCGACGUCAAUUUCACUCCUGCCAUUGCGGAAAAUUAUUUAAAAACCAAAAUAUUGCGUUACGCAAAUGACUACAAACGAGAGAAAAAAAACAAUGCAAACAACAUAAAAGUCGAGCUAAUUAGUUUUAGUGAUGACAGCAUGCAUGUCGACACCGAUAUUAUUGAAGUUGAAAACGAUCACAGCCCUUUAUUUUCAACUGAUAUAAAAUUAAAUUCUGCACUUGAACAAUUGCCAUUGAGAGUAAGCUAUCAACCGGUGCGGGAACAUAGCCAACUUAUUCAAAAACGUGUACAAAACGAUGAUUCGAUCAACAGAAAUUAUCAUGGAUUAUUGAACCAGCAUUCUGAAGCGCUUCGGCGUGAAAAGUUACGAUCGAUGUAUGUCAUGACAGCUCACGGGUCGCAACAACAACAAAAAUCCAUACUGAACGCAAAUAUGGCAUCUAGAGCAGAAACGAUGGUUUCUUUGGCGCUUCAUAAGUGACAUAACUCUUUGUGUAUGUGUGUGUUCAAAUAUUCGCAUCAUUAUUUUUGUCUACUCAUUUGCACAUGACGCUUAGAUAACCUAUAAGACUUUACUAGUAAACUGUUCAACUGAAAAUAUUUUGUACGCCAUGAAAAUUAAAUCGUGUUCUGUAAAGCUUAAUCGCCUCAAUCUAUCAAAAAUUAGAAUGCGAUGCACUGCAAAAACCUCGGAAAAAAAUGUAAAACUAAUUUGUAGAUUACGACAAGAAGAAAUAAACACAUUUUCCCUUAAAAUCACUCGGAAAAUUCGUGAUGAACUGCACCAUCAUUCUAUUUCAAAUGAAAAUGAAACAAAUGAUGAAAUUAAGUCGCAGGACAUCCGCAAUACGAGCAAAACAACAUCAAAACCAUCUCAUAUGCAGAGUACCAUGAUAACCAGAUCGAAAAAAUGCAAUGAAGUCAAAAUUGCUGAACCUCGACGUGAAAAAAUGAAAAAAAAUAUGGUACUUGUAAAACGCGUUCCAAAGCCAGCACAUGUGCAGAGUGUAAAUAUAGGCGAAAUCGUUCUUUGUAAAAUGAGAGGUUUUGUGGAAUGGCCGUGUACGAUUAUAGACGUAGAAAAUGUAAUCACCGUUAAAUUUUUUGGCGACAAUACCACACAUAAAACAUCAAUAAAAAAUGUAUAUAAUUUCGCCGAAUGCAGUAAUAUUAUAAUAACAAAUCUUCGAAACCGUAAAAACCCAUUGUACAGCAAAAGCAUUAGAAAGGCUGAGACCGUUUUGGGAAUAACCAUAAGGAACUCUAUUCUUAAUCAAGUUAAUUUAUGAAUUAAUUUUUUAGGCAAUUCCUUAAGGUAUAUA